UGGAGAUAAGUACAGCAAAGCUGAAGGAAUAAACAUGAGAAGUCGUAGUAAUUCUGGAGUUAAACUUGACAAUUAUGCACGAAUGGUCACAAAAACCAUCCUCUGUCACCAGGAUCCAGUGACAGGGUUGCUUUCCGGUAGUGCUGAUCUGCCUCACAGCUGGGUGCGAGACAAUGUUUACAGCAUCCUUUGUGUGUGGGGUCUAGGUCUGGCGUACAGAAAAAAUGCUGACCGAGAUGAAGACAAGGCCAAAGCUUAUGAGCUGGAGCAGAGUGUGGUUAAGCUCAUGAGGAGCUUGCUGAUGUGUCAGAUGAGGCAGCUGGACAAAGUGGAAAAGUUUAAGUACAGCAAGAGCAUCUCCGACUCUCUGCAUGCCAAGUACAAUACGGGUACUUGUGCCACUGUGGUGGGGGAUCACCAGUGGGGACAUUUACAAAUAGAUGCAACAUCCAUCUUUCUACUCUUUCUGGCACAAAUGACAGCUUCAGGACUGCACAUUGUGCACACCCGUGAUGAGGUGGAUGUUAUCCAGAAUCUAAUCUUCUACAUUGAAUCAGCAUACAAAGUAGCGGAUUUUGGAAUGUGGGAACGAGGAGAAAAGACAAAUCAAGGCAUCCCUGAAAUCAAUGCCAGCUCUAUUGGAAUGGCAAAGGCAGCUUUGGAGGCCCUGGAUGAACUGAACCUUUUUGGUGCCAAAGGUGGACCCGAGUCUGUUGUUCACACUUUAGCUGAUGAGAUACAGCGCUGCCAGUCUAUCCUCAACUCCAUGCUGCCGAGAGCCUCCACAUCUAAAGAGGUGGACGCAGGAGUCCUGUCCAUCAUUUCAUAUCCAGCAUUUGCUGUUGAAGACAUGAAUAUAGUGAACAUGACUAAGGAGGAAAUCAUCUCGAGACUGCAGGGCAGAUAUGGAUGCUGUCGUUUUCUUAGAGACGGACACAAAACUCCCAAAGAGGAUCCCAAUCGUUUAUACUAUGAAUCAUCAGAAUUGCAGCUGUUUGAGAACAUUGAGUGUGAAUGGCCAUUGUUUUGGACAUACCUCAUCUUAGAUGGGCUUUUUAUCAACAGUCCUGAACAGGUACAGGAGUACAGAGAUGCCUUAGAUGGAAUUCUCCUAAAAGGAAAAGAUGGUUUGCGUCUAGUUCCUGAGCUUUACAGUGUUCCUCCAGAUAAGGUGGAGGUGGAAUAUGCCAAUCCUCACACUGUGGAACGAGUGCCAGUUGGCAGCUGUCCAUUAAAAUGGGCCCAGUCUCUGUACAUAUUGGGUAACUUACUGGCAGAGGGGUUCCUGGCACCUGGAGAGAUUGAUCCACUCAACAGACGCUUCUGCACCAUACCAAAGCCUGAUGUUGUGGUUCAGGUGUCAAUCUUAGCAGAAACAGAGGAAAUCAAACAACUUCUACAAAACCACAGUGUUGAAUCUGAGACCCUGGAGAACAUUCAUCCUAUCAGAGUUCAGCCUUCUCGAGUUCUUAGUCAUAUCUAUGCCAGACUUGGACGCAAUCAGAAACUAGGUCUCACUGGGAGGCCGUACAGACGUAUUGGUGUUCUAGGGACGUCAAAAUUCUACAAGAUACGGAACACCAUCUUCUCCUUCACCCCUCAAUUCAUCGACCCCCAGGAGUUUUACCUGGCCCUGGAUAACAAGAUGAUUGUAGAGAUGCUCCGUACUGACAUCUCCUACCUCUGCUCAUGCUGGAGAUCGACUGGCAGGCCUACAGUUACUUUUCCCAUCUCACAGAGCAUGCUUACUGAUGACCGCAAAGACAUUGACCCUGCCAUUUUAGCUACCCUAAAAAAGCUAGAUGAUGGCUACUACGGGGGAGCAAGGAUAAAGACUGGGAAGCUUGCAUCAUUUCUAGACACGUCCUGCUGUGCUCACCUCACAUUCAUGGACUGUGAGGUAGACGACUUGGCAGUGUAUCUGGACCAGCUGCUUGCCAUUCCCCAGCAGAGUCCCAUCAGUGCCACUAAAGGAGGACUCAACCGCUUCAAAGCUGCAGCCAAUAAAACUCUAGAGAUGCUGUCAUUGGUGCACAAAGCCCAAGUCCUGAACAUUCACAAUGUGCACUUGUACCUCCCCACUAAACUGUUUCAUGACCCACCACCAGUCCUCCAGCUAAUAAAUAAUGAAAGCCAGGUUCCUCAAGCGGAGGAUGUUCCUAAAAUAAACCUACCCAAAGAUGUAAAUGGUUGUAUUGACUAUUCUGCCCUGGUGCAGAUGCUAAAACAAAGCCUAAACCCCCAAGAUCAGGCUGAUAUCCUUUACAUCUUUUAUAAAGACAAAGGCAUGGACUGGGAUACCAGGCUGCAUGGGAAAGGCUGGACAGUGAGGCGACUUUUAAGUGACCUCUAUGAGAAGGCAGGCAACAUGAGACACUGGGGGCUUAUUAGAAUGGUCUGUGGCAUGCUCCGCAGGAAAGUGGAGGAACUGGAUGAGGCUUGUACAGACUUGCUUGCUCACCAGAAACACCUGACAGUGGGUCUUCCUCCUGAACCACGAGAGAAAACUAUAUCAGCCCCUAUGCCCCCAGACAGACUGGCCAAACUAAUAGAUGAGGCUAGUGAGAACAACCUUACCAUUGCAGUCCUCACUCAGGAAAUAAUGGUGUACUUGGCAAUGAUCAUCAGAACCCAGCCUAAAAUUUUCAGUGAAAUGUUCCGGCUCCGCAUCGGCCUGAUCAUCCAGGUUAUGGCUACUGAACUGGCUCAGUCUCUUAAAUGCUCUGGUGAGGAGGCCACAGAAAGUCUGAUGAACCUGAGCCCAUUUGAGCUGAAGAAUCUUCUUCUACAGAUCCUCAGUGGCAAAGAGUUCAGAGUCCAGAAGAGCAUUCGCUCAAAUGGAAAUGUUGUGACCCCAGCAAUCUCUAUUCAUGACAAAAACAAGUCUGGUUCUACUAAAGAUAAAUUAAAAGGAAGCAGUCAUCCGAAGGCUGACAUUAAACUGCCCUUAUCAGUGCAUUCACUGAAUAUGGAUAAUGCUGAAUCAGAGAGGUAUAGACUACCACCCAUUGAGUCAUUUCAGGGUUCAGUAGGAACUACAGUGCAUGACAGCAAACAUGGCCAGUGGCUUCGCCGUCGCCGAUUAGAUGGAGCGCUUAACAGGGUACCAGUUGGCUUUUACCAAAAAGUCUGGAAGAUCCUACAAAAGUGUCAUGGGCUCUCCAUUGAAGGCUAUCUCCUUCCAUCAUCAGCUACUAGAGAGAUGACUUCAGGAGAGAUCAAGUUUGCAGUAUGGGUGGAGACCGUGCUAAAUCGUGUUUCUCAGCCUGAGUACAGGCAGCUGCUGGUGGAGACAAUCCUGGUACUGACAAUGCUGGCUGAGGUGGACAUCCAAAGUAUUGGAAGCACUAUUCAUGUUGAAAAGAUUGUGCAAAUUGCCAGCGACAUGUUCUACAAAGAUCAGAAAGACCUAGGGGCAGAAGAAACCCUUCUGGAGAGAGAUCAUUCCACUGGAAUCUGCAGGUUACUGUAUGAUAGCGCCCCCAGUGGCCGCUUUGGCAGCAUGACAUACUUAUCUAAAGCUGUAGCCAUUUACGUCGAGGACUUUCUACCAAGCGGUUCCUGCGCACUUCAGUGAGGUGUUUGUUACUUUAACUAAUGCAAAGUAGUUACAAGUCAUUAAGUUCUGUGUGGUUUAUAGCCAUGAAUGGUAUAAUCCAUUCUUCACCUUAAUAUCAGUACCAGUCUUGUUAGUGUUUUUACUGUCAGUUUUGCAUUCCCUCUCACUGCUUAAUCAGUACUAUUUGCGUUUUUAGUUUUUGUAAAAUGCUGAUGUCACAUAGAAGUGGAAAUGAGUGAUUUAAGACAUCAAACUCUGGGUUUAGUUAGGCUUCCUGUGACGUCACCUAUAAAUUACCCUGCAUGUUCAUAAUGUGCAGGUCAGUCCAAAGUUAAAAUGUGUAUGAAACUAUGCCAUGUCUGACAAAUAAUGUUGUGAAAAUGGGUUUUUAAACACAGACACAGUCACUUAAUCUUUACAUGUUAAGCCAACAACUGACAAUCUACUUUAAUGGCACAGUUAUCUGGGUGUGCAACCUUCUGGUAUUGAACACUUAAUUAUGCUAUUUUUGUCCAGUAACCUCAUAACUCAGUGUCCUACAGUUUCUGCAUAUUGUACUGUGUUGAAGAAAUAGUCAGUAUGUUUCUUUUUAAAUAAAUAAAUAAAAAAACAA